UUAAAGGAUACCAAGCGGUGUUAUCGUUCGUGCUGUUGAACUGUCAUAUUGCCGCCUCUCUGCCGUUGAACCGUUGUCGUGAUUCAGUGCCUGACUGUGCUGUCUCCUUGAACGCCUGCGUGAGCUCAACGAGCUAUCGGACUGCGGAACUGCAGAUGUUGGAAUGAGUGACUGCUUUGUAACUACUCGUCGAGAUGAUUGAUCCUAGUCAUGGAUAAGCAGUCGGAAAGCACAAAAAUAUUGGAAGUGGCGAGUGGCGAUCAGUGGCCACAACAGAAACGUGAUAUUAGAGGUAAAGGAGUAGUAAUCAACUCGCUGGCUGAUUUGAAAAUAGUUUUCCACAAUCUGCUAUAUCCGAAAGACAACAAAGCAGUUGAUCAGGCAUUUCAACAGUUAGAACAAAAAACACAUUUGGAACGAGAAAAGAUAGCUUAUGCUGUUAUUGCCCUUGCUGGAUUGUACAUGGUAUUUGGAGCAUUCGCUAGAUUGUUAUGUAAUAUUAUUGGUUUCGCAUAUCCGGCAUAUGCUUCUGUCAAGGCCAUUCGAACCGCUCAAAAGGAUGAUGACACCCACUGGCUUAUCUACUGGACAGUAUUCGCAGCUUUUUCGUUGGUUGAUUUCUUUGCCGAAUUAAUGUUGUACUAUUUUCCCGUUUAUUGGAUCCUCAAGGCGUUAUUUAUGCUCUACCUUUAUCUACCGCAGACCUAUGGUGCGAUAGUUCUAUACGAUCGAUUUUUGGAUCCAGCGAUUACAAAAGUAGAUGCUUUGCUGAAGCAGUAUAUGGCAGAGAAAAAAGAGUAAAACACUGCUUUGCUUUAAAAAUUUGCGGAGAUCAUUUCAAAAAUUUUCCUUUUUACUUUGAACUUCUGUUUGCUGUCAUCAUUGCGAUAUUAAACGGGACUUCUAUCUUGUUUCUGUAAAAAUUAAAAAGCAUAAACAACAUCCAUGGAUAAGAUGGCUUUGUAUAGAACUGCUUUUGUUCUGAACUUAAAACAUAUCACCGCAUCUGAACUUUAAAUACAUUUGAAAUUAC